CAACGGGCACAAUCCCGCCGUCACAGAGCAUCUCCCACGACGCGCGAAAUCCAGAUACAUUAUGACAGAGACUCUUAUUCCUUCAGAGAUCGAUGACGAGGUUGACGAUGCUGGCCUCCCUUCGGGACACAUGUGGGCCUACCCAUGCAAGCUUCCCUCUUGUCCUGACUACGGCAAGUCCUGGCAGCUACGAAGCAACUUUCUCGCUCAUUUGCAGGAGCAAGAAGCACAUAUAUCCACGGCAACGACACCUACCGCACGCCGUUCGCUCGAGUUAGCUUGGCGGUAUUCCACGGAUCCUCAUCUCCCAACUCGAGCGGCUCCAGGCUUUCGUUCAAGGGAGGAUCCAGACGAGCAAGUCUGGGUUUACUCGUUCAGAGAUGAUAAGUUACUGGCGAAGUCAUAACUAGCAAGGGCACACCAAAGCAAAUCAAAAUGCAUAGGGCUGCACUACGCCGGCAAGUGGAGGGAAAGGAGGGCGACGAUGACCGGCACAAUGACAGCAAAAACGGCCACAGCG